AGUGUUGGCAGAUUCGCCUGCGGGAGACCGAAGCGAAAGAGCGAGGGUUAGAUAUGUGAAAAACAUUUGCACGUUUACGGUUUUUAAUAAUGGAGAACUCAUCUAAAGAAGAGUACAAGAUCCAGUCGUUUGAUUUGGAGACACAGAAACUCCUCAAAACUGCUUUGAAAGACCCAGGUUCAGUUGACCUGGAGAAAGUGUCCAAUGUAAUAGUGGACCAGUCUCUGAAGGACCAGAUCUUCAGCAGAGAGGCCGGACGCAUCUGUUACACGAUUGUCCAGGCAGAGGCUAAGCAGACCAAUGGUAAUGUGUUUCGGCGUAAUCUUCUGAACCGACUGCAGCAGGAAUUUAAAGCCAGAGAGGAGACACGGAAGAGAUCCACUCAGGAGUGGGUUUGUCUCGUAUCCUUCAUCUGCAACAUCUUUGACUACCUCAAGGUGAACAACAUGCCCAUGAUGGCCCUUGUGCACCCCGUGUAUGACUGUUUGUUCAGACUGGCCCAGUCCGAUGCCCUGCAGAAUGAGGAGGAGGUGGACUGUCUGGUGUUACAGUUGCACCGAAUCGGAGAUCAGCUGGAGAAGAUGAACAUGCAGCUCAUGGAUGAGCUGUUCAAUCUGCUGAGGGAUGGAUUCCUCCUGCAGGAGGACCUGAGCUCCAUGGGCCGCCUGCUCCUGCUCGAGAUCCUUGAGUUUCGUGCGGGAGGCUGGACUCUCAGCGAAACGGCUCAGAAAUACUACUACAGCGAAGUGACGGACUGAAGCCUUCACCAAUCAGGAGAAAGACACAAGAAGGAGGGAUGAAACCGCAAUCCAUAAGAAGCAAGUGUGAAGUUUUUAUUUUGUUUUAUAUUUAACAUCGAUGAAGGCUUGGAGAUUCACUAGGUAUGAGGUUUGACAUGGAAUGAACAUUUGUCAAAUUUAGAGGUAGAACUGUUUUAUUUUAUUUUUUUAAAGCCAACUUGAAUUGAUGUGAAGUUCAUCUUAUUCACUUUCAUAUUACACAUUCAUGGUUUUAUUUAUUCACAUCCAGUUAGUAGAAACAUUUUUAUAACUAAAGGGCUUGUUUUUUUUCAUAAUCACAGUAUAUUUAGCCAUUGGUCACAGAUCUUUAGACAUUAUUGUUCGAAAGUGAAUGGAGUUCAAAUACAUCUGAUCAUUGAAGUGUUGCAAUAGCAGCAUUACAAUCAUAAUUCAUUUGAUUUAGGUCUUAUAUUUGUGUAUGAUUAGCUGCUUUUAAUAUCAAUAUAUUUAAUACAUUUUUAGUGGUUUGAUUUUCUUAAAUUGACUAACAAAUGAUAUUUGCCUCAGUAGGAAGAACAGCUAUUUCUAUUGUAUAGAAAGGAUUACUUUAUAUAUUUGUUCUAUAAUAUGUCCUAUACAAUUUAUACCUGUGACAAAAUCAAUGUUUUUAAUGAACCAAAAAUAGUUCAUAAGAAUCACAUUUAUAGUUUGAAAAGUAGACUGGAUGUAUAUCCAACAAAAUUUCUACAGGUGCUGGAUGAAGACAAAGCGUCUUAAAUGUGUAUACGUUUGCACAGUUAUGACAAUAUUUUUCUUAUUUCGUAUCAUUUCAAUCUGAUGGAGAUCCACUGGACUGAAAUGUCAACAUGAUGUCAGGUGAUAUGCCAAAAUGUUGUAUUUGAAAGUAUAAAAAGUAAACUCCUGUGUAGCUGCUUUUGGCCUCACUGAUUCCUCAGGCUCUUGCCGAUUAGACAAUGACUUGUAUAGCCACAAGUUUCAAAUAAAGAACAAACUGUAUUUCUGAGUCAAGAUAA